CCCCCUGUCCCGCCAUCUCCUCACUCAUCACCUCGGCCAUACAACGGGCAGUCUUCAAUCGGCAGCCGUCCGCGCUCAGGCGUCCAGGGACGAAGACGGGGAGAAGCACUGGGCCUCCCAUCUAUCUGCCUCACUAUCCACCCGCGUCCUUGUCGCUGCGAAGGCCGCGCUUGUUUCUUUCCCUCUUUCUCGCCAUCUCUAUCCAUAUCACACUAGCAGACGCGCACGUAGCCUCUUUCGUCAUCGUCUUGCAAAAUGGCAGCCGUCGCUGCUGCCAGCCCGACACCCUUGUCCAACGGCAACGGCGUCCAUUCGCCCGCGCCGGUGCGACGUGGAUCGGUGAGCUACGUAUUCCACAAGAUCCGUACCGCGAGCAAGGAUCGCGAACGCGGCGGGUCCAUCUCGUACAUCAAGCCCUCGUCGUCGAGUCCGGAUCUCACUACGAGGAGCUAUCGGGCCAAAGCAGAGCAGGAAGAAAGCAGGUGGAACGGCAUCACCAGCCCGUGCUCUUCGCCCAUGAGCAAGAGUAAGAGUCGCAAGAGUAUCUGGUCGAGGAAGCAGCAUCGCGAAGCCCCUCCAGUUCCCGACCUCCCUCACUCUCUCGAGCUCGAUCUCCUUCCCUUUGAGCGUGAGCCAGCCUCGACCUCAGCAACUCCUGCCCCAGACGACAGUGUCGCUCCUCAGCGUGAGAGCGGCGCUGCUACGGAAGCGGCAGGCAUAGCUCAACAAGUCACUCAACAGUACGCAGAAAAGGAGCGCAAGCUCAAAGACUCGGGCAUCACUCGCGCCCAAGUCCUCUCAGAGGCGAGGCUGACCCCAUCUCAAGUGGCCGAGGUCGUCAAGCUCGCAGGCGCAGAGAUCAAGCAGCGUGGCCUGGCCAACGUGGGUAUCUUUAGACCUUUUCGCGUUGGAGCCUCGCCAGAGGCUGUGGAUCGCAUGGCCGAGCUCUACUUGCUGAGCGUGGAUGCGGAACGAUACGAAGGGACCUUGAGCGUUGUGGACGCAAAGGGAAGCGAUCUUGCUGUGGCUACUUUUGGCAAGCCGUCUGCUACGCGGGAGCUGGCAAAGCAACUGGCCUAUGCCAAGGUCUGCGAUGUAGCCGACUUUCUCAAAUGGUCUUUCCGCCGCCUCAAAGUGUCUCGCCUCGACUUCUCAUCCACUAAUCACCUCACGUGGUACAACACCUUCGUCAAAGCAGAAAAGGAUCAAGGCUACCCACGCAACGCAUACAGCGCUCUCCUCCUGCCUCAUCUUCCCACAGACACACAACGCCUGCUGAACGACACGCUCGACCUCCUCACGUCCGUCUCGGCGCACUAUGUAGCCAAUGCGAUGCCUGCCUGGCGUAUAUGCAAGACCUUUGGCUUCUGGCUGUUUGGCCGCAUCGAGUCGGACAAGGUGGCCACAGAUCUCUCCGCCUUCUUGGACGAGUGGGCGCGCUCCUCUUCUAUAAUGGAGCACCUCUACCUCGCCUACUUGCGCGACCAGAGUACCAAGGUGCACUACAUGCCCACGAGGCUGACGCAGCUCAUUGACGACUAUCCAAGAGUGUCGGCGCAGAGUGAGGUUGGGGCGCCGGGGCUGCAUGUCAAGCGAGGGGCAGAGGUCGUCGCCAAGGCGCUCAAGGUGACGCUGAGCAGUGAGAACGUCCAGGCGCGAUCGCUACGCAACCCGCGCGGGCCUUCAGACACCUUGGCCUCGGCUUUGACGGCUAAGCUGUACAAUGGCGAGUCGUCAGCAGAGGCGGACGACUGGGCUGCGCUUGUUGGACUGGCGCAGAAGGCUACGAGGGAAGUGCAUGCUUCGCCCGACGCCGCGGCGCAGGAGACCGAGGACUCUGCAACGGGAGAGACCCCUGCAACUGCGGCACCCGCGGCCGCAAGCGAGGAAGAGCUCGAGCUGGCAAGAGAGUUGGCGCUCCUACGAGACGAAGAUAGUCGCAUCUUUGCGAUUCUCGCCGCAGAGAUUGCACAGAGAAAGACUAUGAUGGGCAACGGGUCCACAGCACGGGACAGCGAAUCCAAGACUCAAGUAGCAAUGCCAUCCUACGGCUCCAUUGCCAGCUUGUACUCCUCAAGCGCACGACAGGGGGACGCUGCGGCCAGCCUACCAAGGAUUGGAUCAUACGCCAAUACCAGUCGCUACAAGCUCAAUGGGUCGACCACCCUCGACCCGCUGCCGGAGACCAGCGCGCCCAACACACCAACACGCGCCGAAGCAGCCUCAACGCCACCCAAGGUUGACUGGGACGUCUUCAGAGACGGCGGCUUUGCCACUUCCUCCAACGAGAAAGCGAGUGGCGUCGACCUCUCCCUCGACGAGGUGUCCGCCAAGCCCAGGCCAAGCGAGUCAUUCUCCAUUGCCUCUGGCUCUAGCCGCCCAGCAGCAAUGCAGAACGGCUCAUCCAGUAGCGCUGGUCUUCUACGUCGCGCAACGAGCUUUGGUACUCUGCGACGAAAGGGAGGCAGGGACAGCAGCGUCAAUGGCAGCGGUGACAGUCUACUCGGCCAUGCGAAGCAGCAGCGCCCCCGCACUGCCAAGCCGCGACAUAGCAUCACAGCUGUCACGACUAUGGACCUAGACGAGGUGCUCGUUUCAGUCUGGCAAGACGCCCUGCUGGACUUCUGCCCAGCAGCUAUGUUGCCUGGAUUUGUAGCUGCACAGCUCAACAGGAAUGCGGCGGCAAAUCUCAUGUCGGGUGGGGCUACGUCAUCUCCGUCUUCGACGGCGGCGGCGCCAGCUGCGCCCACGGCGGGAAUGAACUGGCUCGUCGUGGAGGAGAAAAUUGUGCCUCGUCCCACCGCCGUCACUCGAGGGAAUGGUACUCUGCCCACGAAGGGCUCUCGCAGUGCUAUUCGCCGAGCGCAAAGCUCAGGUCGCGGUGUGCCACGCAUCAAUGCCGGGGUUCAUUUGGACGACGUAGAGGACUUUGACGAAGAGGAUGAGGAGAAUACCCUGCGCUACGAUAACGACGGUGCCUCCUCCACCGAUGGGAGGCGCUCCCUCUUCGCCCCUUCAUUCAAGAGUCUGAAGGCUAUGAGCCUCAAUCUGAGGAAGAGGGCGAGUGUGAGGAAGAUGAGCUCGAUUGCAGGAGGGCUGAGGAAGAGGGCCAAUGCGGAUGCGCAGUCUCCCCCAGCUACCGCCGAUGGUACAGCUCGCGAGACGAUGGCUGAAGGGACGGGGAGUCCAUCAACAGACGCUGUCCCUCCUCUUCCCUCUACGUCAGCCACGCCAACGAAGAAGGCCAAGAAGCGGCCCCUCGUGAGCCUAUCCAUUGGCAAGAACACAACCAACACGACCAACGCACCCCCAGUCGCAGCAGGUGGUAGUUCCUGGGACAGGACUUCGAUCAUCUCGUCCCCCGCCUCCUCCACGCCGGCGGUUGACGCAUCUGUCCUCCACGCUGUCUCUCCUGCUGCGUUCGCUGCGUCUGGAGCGGUUGCUGCCACGCCGAAGGCGAGCGCCUUGCGUCACUCCAGCAGUGGCAGUAGGAGUGGUGAGGGCGAUGGACAGCAGAUGGGCUCCUCGGCGUUGUUGGGGACCAAUGGGGCCACUACCACCGCCAGGUCCAGCAUGCAGACCGGGAGGUCGAAGUAUGAGGACGCAGCGGCCGGGGACGAUGAGUAGGAGGAGCAGAGGGCAGCUCAGGAUACCCAAGUGGCCACUUCAGGCCGCUUCACAGGGUGAUGACGAAACAGACCGCGAUUUGAUAUUCCGCACCUCGACAGGGCACGGCGAAGGCCCGAAGUCCUCGUAUACCUCGAAAGCAGCUAGCUAUUGCUAUCCCACUGGUUACCUCCGACUCUCUACUCUUCCUGAUCUGGUUCGAGUCAAAGGGCCGCGUACGCUUGCUAUGACUGGGCUGUGAGCGCUACGAACGACGUUGCUGCCCGGUCUCGAUUCCUACCUAGCACCAUUUGCGCCUCCUCGUCCUUUCUUAUUAUCAAGGUGACUAUUUUUUCCUAUUUACCAUAGCUAUGCCCUCGUAAUGCAUUCCCAGUCUUCACGCCG